AUGGGGUACGCUGCGAACGGUGACCUUUUUACUUACCUCCGGAAUAAGACCAUGGAGGAGUCACAAAUCCGUUCGUGGCUUGUGCAGAUCUUGUGCGUAGUCCACAGGGACCUGAAGUGCGAAAACAUUCUACUGACGCGCAAUUACAACGUGCGCAUCGCCGACUUCGGGUUCGCCAGGUUCGUUGACCGGGGACGUAAUCCUGACGCGGGCACGCCGUGCGGCACGAUCACCUACUCAUCUCCCGAGCUAUUGUCAGGACAACGUCCUUAUAACCCGGUGCUCGUGGAUAUGUGGGCAAUAGGUGUCGUGCUGUUCGUAAUGGCCAACAGCGCAGAUCCGUUCCGAGACAAGACUAAAAUAGAAAUGCAUAAGAAACAGAUGAUUAAUUAA